AUGGUGGAGCAAAAUGAUGCCACAGCAGGCCCGUUACGCGACCAGAGCCUUGGUAAUGGGCUGGCCCCAGAUCUCAUUAAUAUCGAGGACUGUGCCAUUAUUCGCUUGACUCCGGUCCUUCUUUUUUUGGUGACACUGCUCCUCAUGGCCAUGCUCACUCACGCCUUGCGUUCGAUGUACGCUGGCGGUGAUGGCUCCCUUGGUCGUCGCUGGGAGUUUCGGGAUGAAACUCCCCUCCUGGGCAGUGACCGGUCGCUCUUUAUUGCCAUGGGUGUGAUCGCUCUUUUCUCUCUGGCUUCCACUGUCUCUUUGCUUUCUUUUCUUACGUAUCGGUUCGUCUACUGGCAACGAUACUACAAGAACCCGCUUGCUCAGAACCAAUAUGUCGUUCUCAUCUAUAACCUGCUGCUCGUCGAUAUGCAACAGGCCAUCGCCUUCAUGAUCAGUCUGUACUGGGCUUCCCGUGGUGGGGUGCAUUUUGGUGAAGCUGCCUGCUACUUGCAGGGAUGGUGGAUUCAGACGGGAGACCCUGGCAGCGGCUUGUUCGUCUUGUCCAUCGCCUUGCAUACAGGUGCAGUCGUGCUUCGUGGUCGCCAGCUGCCUUUCCAUACUUUCGUGUAUUGUGUCAUUGGCCUGUGGAUGUUUAUUCUUCUCUUGGGAUUCAUUCCCGUGGGACUCUAUGGCAGCGAUGUCUUUGUUAUCUCCGAGGCCAACUGGCUGAUUGAAUAUCUCCCGCAGUGUUGGCUGAGUCCUGAACAUGAGAACGAACGUCUCUGGGGACACUAUAUCUGGAUCUUCAUCUCUGAAUUCGGCACUAUCGUUCUCUAUACCAUCAUGUUUUUCCACCUCCGACGCAAGAUGAAUCAGGCAAAGAAGCUGCGCCAGGGUCACCAAGAGGGUCUCCGCCGACUGAACCGCGUGGUCAUCUACAUGGUGAUCUACCCCUUGAUGUACCUGGUUCUCUCGCUGCCGCUCGCCGCCGGCCGCAUGGCCACAGCACGAGGCGCGGCCCCCAGCAAGACCUACUUCGGCAUCGCAGGCUCCCUGAUGGCGUUGUCCGGCACCGUCGAUGUGCUGGUGUACACGCUGACUCGACGACAUCUGCUCCUCGAUACCGAACACAGCACGACCGACCGCAACUACAACAUUACCGACUCUCACUGGCAAACGCACAUUUCUACCAACGCCGUCUCCAAAUCCAAAUCUCGCAACACACUCCGGAUAGGAACCCGUCUGGGCUCUCGGUUCCGCCACAGUAUGCACGAGGGCGGCAACGACGCUCCUCGCAGCCCCUUCGACGGAUCCACCGAGGAUAUCGUGCCCAAGAACGACAUGGAGCUGAGCCCUUUCCACGGCGUGUACCAGGAAACCACCAUCGAGAUCUCUCACGAGCCUGCCACUCCUGUGGAGUCGAUGGAACCCAUCGAGCGCAGACACAGCUAG